AGCUGGUAGACGGAGGUUGGCCGGGCCGGUCCCGGCAGCGGCCCGGAGCGGGCGGGCAUGGGGGGCUGCCUCUCCUCGCAGGCAGCUGAUGACCUGUCGCUACUCAACGAUUCUACCGGCGAUGGGACAAGCCUUGGGCCUGGAGACCCACCUCCCCUCCCUGCCCCGCCGCCCCCCUACCAGGAGAAAAAUAUGAAAUAUCAGCUGCACAAUGCUGUUUUUGUGCUACCAACCAUCAGUCUGGAAGCUCCCUUGGUUGAAGAGAAGACUACUUGGGCUGCUCUUAUUACAAGACAUGGGAAAUGGAAGGCUGUUCAGGAUCACACUCCAAUUCCAGUGUAUCACCCAACGCCUAGCCAGGCACGUCUUGCCACACAACUAACAGAAGAGGAGCAAAUCCGGAUAGCUCAAAGGAUUGGACUAAUUCAGCACCUUCCUAAAGGAAUAUUUGAUCCCGGCUCAGAGCCAUCAGAAAAGAAAAUCAAAGAGUGUGUAAUCUGUAUGCUGGAUUUUGUAUAUGGAGAUCCCAUCCGAUUCCUGCCUUGUCUACACAUCUACCAUGUAAACUGCAUUGAUGACUGGCUGAUGCGAUCAUUCACAUGUCCUUCUUGCAUGGAGCCAGUUGAUGCUGCUCUGCUCUCCUCCUAUGAGACUAACUGAGCCAUGACACCCACCCACCCCCGGUGAAGUAAACAGUGAAGGUCUCCAACCUUUCCAGCUCCGUGGACCAGCGGCGGGCGGGGGCAAUGGUUCCGCACGCGCUUGCCAGCUGCUUGCAUGGUCCGAUUGCCAAUAAGCCAUGAAUUGGUAGUGGUCGUUGGAGUUGGUGGACCCAUUUUAAAGUACAUUUCUUUGAAAGUCCUUGUCCCAUGUUAUCUCAUCCCUUGGUAUCACUUGUAUCUUCAUUUUGAAGUUCACCCAAAAAAAAAGUGGCAGAAGUAAAGAUGGAGCUCAGUAUUUAAGUUACUAGUAUACUCUAACCAGCAUGCUCUGUUGAGUAUUAGUAUCUCGUUGUUUAGAGAUAUGGGAAAUAUUAAGAUUGCUUCAUGCAGACCAUCAAAAUCUGUAUUUAGGAAAUCAUAAUACUGAGGAAAAUAACAUGGUAUAUAUCUUUCAGGCCAAGCACGGUCUCCUAGAGAGUACAAUAUUGUGCCAAACAUUUCACUUCAUCUAUGAAUUCUCUUAAGCCACUCAGAACAUUGAAGCGGGCAAUAUAUAAAUGACUUAAAAGUGGCAUAGUUCCUUUCAAGACAUGGGAUCACUUUCUCCAAUGCUGUAUGGAAGGAUAUUUAAAGCCCCUAUCCUUACUGGUUUGGAAAAUCAAAGGAAAAGGGGGAGAAAAACCAGAAGUUUUUUUCUUUACAGAAGAAAUUUUUUUUCUUUACAGGAAGAUGGGGGUUUACUAUAAGGGACUAUCACUUAAAGAGAAAUAGUACCAAUUAUUUCUUUUUUUCUAUCCCAAAGAAUCACUAGGUAAGGUAAUUGCUCUAUUUAAUUCAUAAAAAAAUAAAAUCCACAGAACAGAG